UCCCGAGCGCCCCCCGCCGCCGCUUACGACUAACUUAUCGCGAGUUGGACAAUGCCAACCGACCUAAUCACCACUUGAGUUCCGUACCAAGUACUCGUGACUUCAAAGGAUUGGAAGCUAGUGAUUGUGCGAUUAUGGGAUUCAUAUUUUCCAUCGGAUUUAAAUAAAUGGGGGUUCAGAAAAUGAAUCUGCUUAAGAAGAGAGCGUCUUGCAGUGUCUGAAAAAUAGCUUGAAAGGAGAAUUUAAGAAAAGGAACGGCAACAUAUCCAUCAUGAUGAGAAUCGUGAUAAGUGGUGUGAGUGCGCGAACGGGGGUGGUGGUGUUGGUGGUGGCGACCAGCGCGGGUGUGUCGGCGCGAGUGGCCGGCAAGGUUGGGGGGUACUCCAACAAGAGCAGUGGUAAAUCAACAAGUGGCAUCAACGAGGAAAUCAUCUGGGUGAGCAUAGGCAUGGCGAUAGCGAUAGCCGUGCUCAUCGUGAUCGCGCUCUGCUACAUCCUCUGCGAGAAGUGCUCCAAGCGGCGCGCGCACCGCGAGCACUCAUGACGAUACAAGCAGGAGUUCGCGCGCCACGCGCUCUCGGACUCCCUGGCCGACCUCGGCUUCCCCCACUACACCCUCUACCCACAGUACUCCCCCGACGGCAAGGAGUACUACUACAACUUCCACCGCUUCUCCUAUCUCAGGGACAGCUUUAAACUACCGCCUAAGGACUAUCCCGUCAAGGACGACGAAGUAUACAUCAAUGCGUGAUUGUGUAGUUUUACGUGUCGCAGAGUCCUAGAUUUAUUUUUGAUGGUGUGUCUAUGUAACGUUUAGACUUAGACGGACGGUUACUGUAAAUGAAACAGGGGGUUAAUUCGACUUAUCUUUACGACAAUUACUGAAAUUGCAACCGUGUAGUAAAAAAUAACAUGGACAUGACGACAUGAGUCGUCGAAACAGUCUCAAAUAGCGCCCUAAAGCUAUUCGAUUUGUCGAACAUCGAAAGGCGUGUAAAUAUAUAACGAUAAGUAGUAAAUGUUAGACUUGAUCAAAAGAUGGAUUUUAAAGAUUGGAUUGUACUGUGAUAGAGAUUAGUACUCGACUUAAUGCUGUUGAAAAUGGUAAAUCAAGAAAUCAGUGGAACGAAAGUCAUAAAAAGUUAUGAGGGUCAUAAAGUAUUCGCCGCCAUUUUAGUAGGUUUUGCAUGCGCAUCAAAAAUGGGUCAAUAAUAGUGAGGCAAAAGUUUUUAUUUGUAAUAUGGUACUCUUGCGAAGGCCGCAAAAAUACCUAUUUACGACACAAAGUUGUUUGUAGAGCCAUAAGAUAAGAGUCAGAUAUUUUUGCGUUAUUUAAAUAGUAAAUCAUCGGCGUGACCACUGUCACCCACCGUACAACACUGUCUCUUAAGUUAUAAUUAAAGUAAUUGAUUUAUAAUGUACACUUAACGAAAAUUAAGUACUUUUUUUACUGUGAAGCUCGACAAAAACUAAAAAUAUUGUUUCAUUACACGGUUUUAUUACGUUAUUACUCGUAUAGGUAUCAAAUGCACACAUUUUUUCACGUUAUUGCAUUGUAAUAAGGUGAAAAAGUGAAUACAUCUCUUUGUAGUCGACUGUACCUAUACUGAUAUUAGAUACGUGACUCAAACAUGAUAUUAAAGUUUGUGCGGAAAAAGAUCAGCCCUAGAACUUAAUGCAGCCCAUACAUUUCACGACUCUUCUCUUUCCGAACAGGCUCAAUCAGAUUAGACCAGGUACAUUCUUUUGUCUUCGUUAUCGCUAGAAUCGUAUUCAGUGUUAAAACAAUACUCAUUGAAUAACAAUAAGUUAAAGAAAAUGAACUAAAGUUGAAUAAGUCUGUUUUAUAAAGAGGGCCUUGAAAGUUUAUAGUCGUGAAUUCUACUAUUCAAUUUGUUCGUUGUUGUCGAGGCACCAACUUAUUAUACAAACCAAUUUAAACUUAUCGACAUAAUUGUUUACAUUUUAUAAUUCAAUGGCAAAUGUUUUAAUGAAAGUUACUUUUAAUACUGAUUUUAAAUGUUAAAUGUUAUACCGGGUGUUUUUGGGGCCAUGCUGCCGAUGUCAAAAUAAUUUUAAAUAUUUAUAUGGUUUGUCAAUUUCCGAUGGUAAUGAUAUGAAAAUUGCUAUAUUUGACCUUUGGUUUUGAGACUGUCGCACUUAUACAGAAGAGUGAUAACCAGAGAUUACAGUUAUGUUUAUUGUUCGUUUCAGAAUUACCAUUAAUUUCUUCUAUUUCCGGAUUUUUUUUUUUGAGAUUUUGUAGGAUUUGUAUAUAUGAAUAUUUUAACAAAAUCACCCAGUAUUGAUUGUCGUUGUUCGUAACCUUACGUUUUCUCUGUUUGUUAAGUACAAAAUACUAAUAAUGUGCCAAAACCUUCAAAAUACCCAGUAUAUUAUACUUAUUGAAAUACAUGUUUAUAGACCUAAGCAAAACAAAUGUAAAAUACAACAAGGUAACUUGAAAUAAGGUAUAUAAUGACCAAUGUAUGAUUCGUGUAUUUAUUUUCUAGAAAGAAAUAAAGAUUUGGAA